UUUUUUUUUUUUUCGUUUGAGGAUGGCAGACGACUCGCCAGCACAGGACUGUCCCUCAAGCCCGCACGCGCACCCGGCCGUGUGCCGGGUAUUUUGCACCAUGGACACACACAUGGACACGAGCGAAGAUGGCGACCCUCCCAUAACCCCUCCGCCUGACCUCAAGGAUAUCGCACCUUGGCGCACCGCUAGUGAUGAUGAAGCUGAUGAAACCCUGGGCUCGCUCUUUCCCAACUUCAAAUACGGCGAGCGUCUUCGAGUCAGCGCGCUUCUCGACGAACGAGAACCCGAGCUCGGCGAUAUUGCCCGACCUGGUGGCCGUCCCGCCUCCCCGCAUCUUGUUGUUCAACAGCGAGAUGAUGAAGGCGAAGAGUUUGAUCGCUCCAUCAUGACCCGCGCCCUCGAGGACAACAGCGACUCAGCCACAGUCACUGCACAAAAGGCAGCGGCCCUUCCCAAGGUAGCGCGACACAUCAGCCUCAGACUACCCCCUGCCGUCAUGACGUCAACACUUGAAACACACACCUCAUUGCUGUUGCUCAUCUCUUGUCCCUUUUGCACCUUGCCUGAUCGCUCUCUCCCUCUCUCUCAACCUCCCUCUGUCUCUCUCAAACUCUCUCUCUCAAACCCUCUCCCUCAAACUCUGUCCUUCAAACUCUCUCUCUCAAACUCUCUCUCUCUCUCUCAAACUCUCUCUCUCUCUCUCAAACUCUCUCCCUCAAACUCUCUCCCUCAAACUCUCCCCCUCAAACUCUCCCCCUCAAACUCUCUCCUUCUCGCUCUCCUUCACAUGUUUCUGACGCUUGGGACCUCAUUGCUGCGUUUCUCUCAGCCACGUUGUCUCCUGGCUCAUGAGCGAGCCGAACAACUUGCUUCGCGUGAAGCCGCUGAAGCCCUCCUGGAGUCGGAAGACUCAGUGCAACAGACCAGCAACUACCAGAAUGAACCCCCGAGCCACCGUGGAGGCCUGCCCUUGGCCUGUCUGGUGAACUGGGAGGACAACAUCAUCUGGGAACACCCCAAUGGUCAACAGGCCAGCGGCGUGAACGCCAACGUACAUGAAGUUUACACCGAAAUCAUGUCCUCCAACCGCGACAUUAACCUUGCCGACGCCGAGGACCGCCAGAAGCGCGAUGAAGAACAACAAGAGCGUAACCGCCGCGAAAAAGAAGCAAGGUCCCGCAACCCGAAAGGGCCCACCAACGAAGGCGAUACCAAGGCGGAAAAGCGUCGUCGCAAUAAAUCUCCAAAAGUCAAAACCGUCAAAAAGCAAGAGCAGGAACGUUUGCAACUCAAAUACGGCGUGGCAACUGAUGCCAAGCACGUGGUGCCUAUCAUGGCCGUCAAUAGCAUGCCCAAGCCCGUGGUGGAUGUUAGCACGGCGGUGAGCGAGCUACCUCCCAUCAAUGAACACCUCUGCUACGAGCGUUGGGAGAACAAGAUUUACUGGACCAAGGAUGAUAUUGAGUCCUCGUCGUCCGAGGAAGAGCCCGAUGAAGAAGAUGGCCAAGACGAGGAUCACCUGGCCAAGCACAAGAAACGUCACAGCAACCUCUACUUGGACCUGAAUGACCCCCUCUUUGUGUCUGAUUACGCCGUACGCGCCCCGACUUUUAAGCGUUACAUGAUCUUACACCAGGGCCGUGGUCGGCAAUAUGUGGCCGAUUGGAAGCUGGAACGCAUUGCCAAGGUCAUGGCUGAGCGCGGCCCCUUCGCAGAGGCUGCCAACCAAGCUAUGGGCCUGCAGCGUUUUAACGUGUCCAAUGACUUCUUUUAUCAGCCGCGUGUUGGCACGCAAACGGAGCAACGCCAUGCUUGGCGGUCCAUGUUGCAGUAUCACGUUCGCCACCCGCGUCCGGCACGCCGUGUCUAUCAAAAGUUCUUCCCAUGGAAGCAGCCGUUCAUGAGCUUUCGACACUGGCAUCGGCCGCUGCUCAAGCCAGAGAAGAAGCCCUGUGUGCUUGCCAACGGCAGUCAAGUCACAGCUCAGUUUGCGCCAGCCCUUGAGGAAUUUCGUCGGGGCUCGAAACGUGCUUUUCAUAAGACAUGGGAAAUCUCGGCUUUCUAUGAUCAGCUGGUGGUGUUGGAAUAUGCGGAGGAAUACCCUCCGCUGCUAUGCCGCCCCAGCAUGUGCUCAGAGCUGCGCUGCUACUAUCGCAAGAUCAAGGCCAACGAUCGCACUCGACCCUCCAUCGAGCUGGGCACCCUGGCCAUUCUCAACACCAACGAGGAAUCCCCCUUUCUCGGCACGCUGCCACCUGGCCAUCCUGUGAUGUCCAUCGAGAAUAACCUUUUUCGGGCCCCCAUUUACGAUCAGAAACUUGAGCAAACUGACUUUUUGCUGGUCAAGCGCAACGACCAAUGGUUCAUCCUACGUCUCAAAACCGCCUUUGUUGUGGGCCAAACACUUCCGAAGCUGGAGGUCCCAGCCCCAAACAGCAAACGCGAGCAGGAUUUGGAGAAGCGACAUCUGGAAAUGAUUAUCAUUAAUCUCUUCAACAACAAGAUGACUGAUCCACGGCGCUCUCCUAAUGACCCUGUCUUGUUGCGCGUGGACGACGUGCGCCGCACCACCAACAGUACCGACUCGUCCAUCCGCAAGGUUCUGAAAGAGUAUGCCACCUUCAAGCGACAUGCCGCAUCAGACUUUAAGGGUGCAUGGGAAUGGCGGUCUGUCGACAAAAAGAACAAGAUUGGUCAGGAACUUCUUGAGGGCAAAUUCUCGCCUGAGGAUUUUUGCGCCUACGAGUCGAUGAAGGCGGCAGAGCAACGCUUGGUAGACAUGGGCUACCGUUUGGCCAACGACAAGAAUCUUGAGGCUAUCGAUGAGACUGACCCAGGCACCAGCAAGGGCCGUCGUUUCUGGAGCGUUCUGUUGCUGACGCUGGGUCGUACCAUGUGGGUGCAGGUGGACGAGCGGCGCUUGGCGCCGUGGCAAAUCACCAAAAAUUUUGUCGACUGCAUCAAACGCAGUUGCUUGCUGGCCGUGACUGGUGCAGGUGAUCCUACGGGCCAUUCGCUCGGCUAUUCUUUCUUGCGCUUGGCCAAUAAACCUGCUGCCAAUCGUCGCGAUGAUGAGAUGCUGCCCGAGCUACCCGAGUCUCGCAACAAGCAGCUGGGCAAAAUGAGCUCCAAGGAUAAGGAUUUGCGCAAGCUCAAUUUGAAGGAGGCACGCGAACUUCUGCAUCAAAAAUACGGCCUUGGCAUGGAUUAUUUGAAUAGUCUGCCUCGUUGGCAGUGCAUCUCGCUCGUGCGCUACAAGGCCAAUGAGGAAGCCGACGAGCAAGGCAAGACGCUCAACUACUCACGUGGAACCAAAUCGUCGGCAGCGGAACACAAGAUGCGUUUUACCUCGGAUUCCCAGCUAGUGUUUGACAAUGAGCGAAAAUCGCUGGAGAAUGACGAAAUCCUCAGCGAACCCGAGACAUCGGACGGGGAGGAUGGUGGUGCUGAUGGCGACGACGACCUGUCCGAUUUGGACGGAGAGGAUGCUGGUGAGGACCGUGCUGAGGCCAAGGCCGCGCGUGAACUGCGUGCCAUGAUCUCGCAGGACCGCGAGCGUGCGCAGACGGCGUCGCAGGAGGAUGCUGCAACGGUCAAUGAGGUCGCAUCCGGGGCUGCUGCGCCAGAGCGCCGCCCGCAGGCUUUUCACCUGAAAAUCGUGCGCAAGGUGGGGAACCGCACGCACACCGCGUUGAUCCAAGAUCCCAAGGUGAUCCAGGCCUACCUGCACCAGCGCCGUCACCCUCAUACACCAAGCUUGCGCCGCCAGCAAACCAAGGGCUCCGGUGGCAACGGCCGUCGGACUGAGAGCGAUGAUGAUAAUGAUGAGGAUGAUGAUGACUACCAAGACGAUGAUGACGGGCGCAGCGUCGUCUCAACGGCCAGUCGUCGGUCGAAGAAAAGUACCAAGGGCCCCACACAACGCAAGGCGACCAGCCGCUCCAAAAAGCGGGGUGCCGAUGGUGCUUCCUCCGUCGCUUCGAAGCGGAGUAAUUUGCAAGCCGAGUCGCCGCCUGCCCCGCGCGAACUCAACGUCAACUCGGUCAUAAAUGUGGCAUUGCAGAAGCUGGCCAACUACGACCAGUCCAAGACAUUUCAGACGGAUGCCACAGCACCCAGUGGAAUGGCAAUCAUGGGCUUGCGGCGGCUCACGGAGCGGGCGCGGCGCUCUGAGUUUGAGACAGCUGGUGAGUUUGUCCAAGCUCUCCGUCAGCUUGUUGAUCUCAAGGGUGACAGCAACCCCGCCAUCCGUGCUCUUGGCAAUCGGAUGAUCACCGUGGCAGAGGAGGAGUUUAAGAAACACAACGUGGUGACGGUGGCCCACGUGAAGAAGCUGCGCGAGCAAACCGCUCUGCCCAUGAAGCUGUGCCGCGAAGCUCUCGAGGCCAGCAACGACAACGUCGAUGCAGCCCUGCAAUGGCUGCAAGACAACGAAGAGGCCCGUGGCCAGCAAGCCCUAGGCAAGCUGGCAGGCCGCAGCACCGCACAGGGACGGUUGGCCAUCGCCAUCAACGAACAGGCUGCCGCUGUGCUGCAGCUGAACUGCGAGACUGACUUCGUGGCGCGCAACGAAGCCUUUGGUGAGACGAGCCGCCUGGGCGCCGAAUCACUGGCUCAAUGGCUAGCUCAAAACAAGGCCGAGGGCAACGAUGCCCACCUUCUUUCUGCCGAGGAGGUGGCCGCCGUGCCCGUGGCAGAGAGCGACACGCUCGCUGAUCGUGUCAAGGCGCUGGUUGCUGCCGUGGGUGAGAACGUGGCCUUGGCACGUGGUGCUGGCUUUGUGAAGAGUGGCGCGACAUUUGGUUCUUAUGUGCACGACAACGGCAGCUAUGCCGCCCUUGUCCUGGCCGAAACUUCAGGAGCUGACAGGCAUGUUUCAGAGCAACACAACCCCUUGCUCGACACACGCGCCAUGCUCGUUCACUUUCUCUCAUCUCGCGCAACCUCGGAGGCCCUCAACAAGGUCGCACAACAUGCGGCAGCCAUUGACCCGACAGGCGAUAGCGCUGCUGCCACCGUGGAAAAUCUCUUGAGUGCUCCCUAUGUUUUCAACUCGUCUCAGACUGUGGCUGAGUUUAUCAAGUCGGCCGCCAAGGACCAGACUGUGACGGUGCAAAACGUGCUGCGCUGGGAGCGUAGCUGAGGAUGCAAUCAGCACGCAGGCAAAUAACAGCGUUUACAGAUGCCUGUGUCAGUGACAGUUUCACGCAGGUUGAAAGAAGAUGGAAACAUUUGGCAACCAGGUUUGCGCAGAUUGCGUCGGCCGGGCCACACAAAAAAAUCAAGUAAAAAACU